UUUGCUGUGGCGAAUUAGAUGUUUGUUGUUAUCAGCGUCUAAAAUUAUUUUAUAUUUAACAUGAAGAUUAGCAACAUUCAGGUCUUACUAGGGUUUAUUAUCACUCUUCUUACAAUCACAAAAGUGACAGGAGAAAUUCUUAGCAAUGGUUUUGGAAGCAGUAUCGACUGGAAGUCACUUGAUGAAACUGUGAUGCGUAUAAGUAAAAAACCCAAAAUGUUGAUCAUACAUAAAAGUUGGUGUAAAGCUUGCGUAGGUUUAAAAGAGCAGUUUUUGUCAUCAGACGAAAUUGAAGAACUCAGUCGUGAGUUUGUGAUGAUCAACACCAAUGAUGAAAUAGCAAGCCAAAAAGAAGAGUACGAUAUUGAUGGAAAAUAUGUACCGAGAAUUUUCUUUUAUGGUAAAAAUGGAAAAUUUCUUAGAAACAUAAUGAAUGAAAAGCGAGAAAAAUACCAGUAUUUUUACAGCAAAGCUGAAGAUGUUAUUGAGAGUAUGAAGGCUGUUAUUGAACAAGAAAAAAACAUUUCACUUGACCGAGGUUAUAAUAAAAACAUAAAUUGGACGACAAUGGCUAACGCCGAAGUUGAAUCUAGAAAAAGUGGAAAGCCAAUCAUGGUUUUAAUUCACAAAUCCUGGUGCAGUUCGUGCAAAAUUUUAAAACCACAGUUUGCUGCAUCAAAAGAAAUCGAAGAACUGAGUAAAAACUUUGUUAUGGUCAACACAGAGGAUGACGAAGAACCAAAAGAUAAAGCAUAUGCUGUUGAUGGUGCAUAUAUUCCUAGAAUUUAUUUCGUUGAACCUAGUGGUAAAGUGAUGGAUCAUAUAUGGAACAAAGGAACAUCCUUCCCCGACACCAAAUACUAUUAUGGAGAACCAAAAAACAUUGUACGCAGUAUGAAGGAAGUCAUGAAAAUGGAAUUUAGUUCCAACAAUCUUCACAGAGGACUUGGUGAAAAAUUUAACUGGUUCACAUUUAAAGACGGCAUAGAGGAAUCUAGAAAAAGUGGCAAACCAAUGAUGCUUAUCAUUCAUAAAACUUGGUGUGGUUCUUGUAAACAGUUAAAACCAAAAUUUGCUGCAUCUGAUGAAAUACUGAAUCUAAGCAAACAUUUUGUCAUGGUUAACACUGAGGAUGAUGAAGAACCAAAAGACAGUAAAUUUAUAAUUGACGGUGCUUACAUUCCAAGAAUAUUGUUUGUCGAACCAAGUGGUCGUGUCAUGGACGAAGUAUGGAAUGAAGGAACAGCUUAUCCUCACGUGAAGUAUUAUUAUGGAGAAGCAGAUGAGAUUGUUCGAAGUAUGAAAAUUGUUAUCGAAAAAGAGGAAAAAUCCACCAAAUUGCACAAUGGAUGGGGAGAGAAAAUAAAGUGGGAAAAUUUGGAAAGUGGAUUGAUUUUGUCUAAAGAAAGAAAUAUUCCGAUGCUAUUGAUUAUUCACAAGUCUUGGUGUAAAGCUUGCAAAAUCCUAAAGUCCUAUUUUUCCAAGUCGAAGAAAAUUCUUGAACUUAGUUCCAAAUUUGUUAUGGUGAAUGUCGAGGAUGAUGAAGAAAAGUUGGGAGAUGAUUUUGAUGUUGAUGGUGCUUAUGUUCCACGCCUAUACUUCUUUGAUCCUCGGAAUGGAAAAAUAAUGGAAGAGUUUUACAACGAAAGCCCUGAAUAUAAGGAUGACUUCAUUUAUUCAUAUGGAAAUGCUGAGCAAGUUGUUACAACUAUGAAAAAAGUUUUGAAAAGACAAGAAACCGUUGAAAAUGAUCGAACAAAAGGUUUUGGAGGAAAGAUUGAAUGGACAUCGUUGAACGACAGCUAUGGCAUUGCUGAGGAAUUCAACAAGCCAAUCAUGAUGAUUUUCCAUCGAAGCUGGUGUCAGUUCAGCAGAGAUUUAAAAGAAGAAUUUGCAAUGUCUUUGAACAUUGCAGAAAUCAGCAAAUAUUUUGUCAUGGUCAAUCUUGAGGACGAUGAAAUUCCAAAUGAUGAGAAGUACAACAUAGAUGGAACGUACGUGCCAAGAAUUUUCUUUAUAGAUUCUCGAGGCAAUGUAGAUAUAGAGGUGAUCAAUGAGAACAGACGUGAUAAGAAAGCGAAAUAUUUUUAUCAACAUGGAAUAGACGUUGUUGCUUCUAUGAAAAAGGUCGUUAUUAAAUUGCCCGCACCUUCAUUGGAAAGAGGUUUUGGAAUGGAGUAUGAAUGGCUUAACAUGGAAAAUGCUCUUAGUGAAGCUUCAACUUCGUAUGUCUUUCUUUCAAAACUGUCAAAACUAUCAAAACUUUAUCUUAUAUUUUAUUACAAUGCAGCAUUAUUUUUACUUAGGCAAAGCCAAUAUUUCUCAUAA